AGCAAGACUCUUUCUCUAAAUUGCAUAAGAUGCAGUAGAAGCAGUUGCUUUUCAAUGUUAAGCUAUUUUGUGAGCCUGGUGGUUUUAUAUUUUUAAUUUUGUAGUUUUUGGUUUUGUUGUUUUUGAAGACAAAGUUUCUCUGUGUAGGUAGUUAUGUAGAACAUGCAGGCCUCAAACUUAAAAGCUCCUCCUUACUCUGACUCCAGCAUGCUGGGAUUAAAUGUGGGUCAACGUGCUUGGCUUUUUGUUUGUUUGCUUGUUUUUAUAUUAUUGGCUGAUAGACAUGAAAUAUAAAUUUUGGUACAUGUCAGGCAUAUGCUGUUGUAUUGAUCUUUAUCCAUGUGAAUUUUGAAAUCUGGCAGAAUAUUCUAUUUCUCAUGAUGGCAUGUAUUCAUGGCAUUAAUACUGCCUGAACUUUCUUAGUCAUUAAGUUGCAGGCACAUAGCAUUCUUCCUAUCUGUUGUGUUUGUUUGAUUUUUUUAUUAAUAUGAGUAUUUUGCCUGUAUGCAUGAGUAUACACCUCAUGUGUGCCUGGUCCUCAGAAGCCUCAGACUUCCUGAACUUGGAGUAAUGGGUAGUAGUUGUGAGCCUCCUUGUAAGUACUGGCAAUUGAGCUCAAUUAUUUGCAUGACCAGCAAGAGCUCUUCACUGCUGAGCCAUCUUUCCUGCCCUAUGUUGCUGAGUUUGAAUCAACAUUUACAUUGCUAAUAUUUCAUCUGUCCAUUUGUAACUGUUUAAACAUAUAUCCCCUUUUAGUAAGAUCCUAUUAAUGUUACAGUUUUAACUGGGGUACUUCAAGAUUUUGGAAGAUGAAUACAGAACUGGAAUGAAUGUAUAAUUCUUUGAGGGAACUUCAGUAAAAACGUCUGAGUUCUUUUUCACUUUCUUGUUUGAUUGAUUUUACAGGGGAGACAGGGUCUUGACAUGUACCUCUGGCUUUCCUGGAUAGACCAGGCUGGCAUCCAACUCAAUGAAAUACACCUGACUCUGCCUCCUGAAUGCUAGGAUUAAAGGCAUCCCUCUCCUCCCCACCCCCCAACCCCGUUAGUUGACAUUUCUCUUGCAAAGCUAUAUAUCCUAUUCAGAGAGUAAAGCAAUGACAGAGGUGAACCUCAUUAUUGAGUUUACUUCUAAGAUGAUUUGAUAAUUAUAUUAGCACCUCUGAGUUAAGAAAUAAAUGGAGCAGAAUUAUAUGACUAUAUUGUCACUGAAGUAUACAUUUACAGUGAUGUCUGUAUCAUGGUUUCUGUUAUACACAUUUGUGGGAUAUUUUAGAGUGCAGUAACCUAUGAUGAUGUAAAUGUGAACUUCACUCGAGAAGAAUGAGCUUUGCUGGAUCCUUCACAGAAGAGCCUCUACAAAGAUGUGAUGCUGGAGACCUACAGGAACCUCACUGCUAUAGGCUACAAUUGGGAAGGCCAUAAUGUUGAAGAGCAUUGUCAAAGUUCUAGAAGACAUGCAAGGCAUGAAAGAAGUCAUACUGGAGAGAAACCCUGUAAAGGUAUUCAAUAUGGUGAAUCCUUUGUACAUCACAGUAGUCUCCAAAUACAUAAAAGAACACGCACUAGAGAGAAACCCUACAAAUUUAAUCAAUGUGAUAAAACCUUUUCACAACACAGUUUUCUCAGAACCCAUAAAAGAACACAUACUGGAGAGAAGCCCUAUGAAUGUAAUCAAUGUGGUAAAGCCUAUUCUCGACACAGUUAUCUCCAAAUACAUAAAAGAACACAUACUGGAGAGAAACCUUAUGAAUGUAAGCAGUGUAGUAAAGCUUUUGCAUGCCAUGGUCAGCUUCGAAGGCAUGAAAGAAUUCAUACUGGAGAGAAACCUUACAAAUGUAAUCAAUGUAAUAAAGCCUUUUCACGACACAGUCAUCUUCAAAUACAUAAAAGAACACAUACUGGAGAGAAACCCUAUGAAUGUCAUCAAUGUGGUAAAGCCUUUUUAUGUUCCAGUCAUCUCAAAAUACAUAAAAGAACACAUACUGGAGAGAAACCUUAUGAAUGUAAUCAGUGUGGUAAAGCCUUUACGUAUCGUGGUGGACUUCAAAGUCAUGAAAGAACACAUACUGGAGUUAAUGUAAUCAAUACUGGAGUUAAUUGAAUGUAAUCAAUGUGGUAAAGCCUUUGCAUCUAACAGUAGCCUUCACUACCAUAAAAGAACACAUACUGGAAAGAGACCCUAUGAAUGUAAUCAAUGUGGUAAUACCUUUUCACAACCAUGUAUUCUCAAAAUUCAUAAAAGAACACAUACUGGACAGAAACCCUAUAAAUGCAAUCAAUGUGGUAAAGCCUUUGCAUGUCAUAGUAGUCUUCAAAGUCAUGAAAGAACACAUACUAGAGAGAAACUUUAUGAAUGUAAGCAAUGUGGUAAAGCCUUUACAUAUCAUGGUGGACUUAAAAGUCAUGAAAAGACACAUACUGGAGUAAAGCCCUAUGAAUGUAAUCAAUGUGGUAAAGUCUUUGCAUGUCACAGUAGUCUUCAAAACCAUAAAAGAAAACAUACUGGAGAGAAACCCUAUGAAUGUAAUCAAUGUGGUAAAGCCUUUGCAUAUCAUAAUUAUCUUCGAAUACAUAAAAGAACACAUACUGGAGAGAAACCCUAUGAAUGUAACCAAUGUGGUAAAGACUUUUCAUGUCAAAGUAGUCUUCAAAAUCAUAAAAGAAUACAUACUGGAGAGAAACCUUAUGAAUGUAAUCAAUGUGGUAAAGCCUUUGCAUAUCAUAAUUAUCUUCAAAUACAUAAAAGAAAACAUACUGGAGAGAAACCCUAUGAAUGUCAUCAAUGUGGUAAAGCCUUUGCAUGUCACAAUGGUCUUCAAAACCAUAAAAGAACACAUACUGGAGAGAGACCCUAUGAAUGUAAUCAAUGUGGCAAAUCCUAUUCAAAUCCACGUAAUCUCAGAAUACAUAAAAGAACACAUACUGGAGAGAGACCCUAUGAAUGUAACCAAUGUGGUAAAGCUUUUGCAUAUCAUGGUUAUCUUCAAAUCCAUAAA